CAGGCCGGAAAGGAAGCGUCGGUGGCGUGUGACGUCGCACCGUCAAGCUAGAGAAGCUGCCGCGGUGGUUGUUUUCCACUCCGCCGCCGUAGCCACGCAACGGUCCCCGGGCCUGGGCGAGAUGGAGAGCGCCAGCCAGGAUAUCAACCUUAACUCUCCUAACAAAGGUCUCCUGUCGGAUACCAUGACCGAUGUGCCCGUGGACAACCUCAGUGCCGCUGCCAUGGCUGCCCCGUCCAGGACCUUACCCUACAACGGUCUCACCGAAGCCGAGGAAGAAGAACUAAGGUCUGAGCUGAUCAAGGUGGAAGAGGAGAUUGGCACGCUGCGCCAGGUGUUGGCGGCCAAGGAGAGACACUGCGGGGAGCUGAAGAGGAAGCUGGGCCUGACCCCCUUGGAUGACCUGAAGCAAAACCUCUCCAAAAGUUGGCACGACGUCCAGGUUUCUAACGCCUAUGUGAAAACCUCUGAGAAACUCGGAGAGUGGAAUGAGAAAGUCUUCCAGUCUGACUUAUAUGUUUCGGCCAGCAAUACACUGGAGGACUGGAAUGAGAAAUUAACACAGUCAGAAGCGUAUAAGAAGACCCAGGAAACGCUCUAUCAGGCCGGGCAGAAGACUUCAGCUGCUCUGUCCAACGUGGGUUCUGCAAUCAGCCGGAAGUUUGGAGAUAUGAGGGCUCAUCCCUUCUCACAUUCUUUUAGCAGUUACUCCAUUCGCCAUUCGAUAAGUAUGCCAGCCAUGAGAAAUUCUGCAACUUUCAAGUCUUUUGAAGACAGAGUUGGAACCAUAAAGUCCAAAGUCGUGGGUGGCAAAGACGACGACGGCGCCAACCAGCUCCAUUCGCCGACGGCCUCUGGCGACAAGCCACCCCAGGACAACGCGCCCUUCUAAGUCGACAGCGUGGCGGUGCAUGGCUGCCGGAGAACCCUCACCCUUUGCUCUUCCCAACAUGCAAGACGAAAAUGAAAAAAAAAAAAAAAAGAAAGAAAGAAAGAAAGAAAAGAAUUGCGGUCCCACUCGGAAGAGAGAUCGAUCCAUACGUCCCUCUUGGCUGCUGGAAUCUUCAGGUCCAAUAAAGUGAACACACGGCUUUUUGUACACUUACACCUAUUUUACACUAAAGGUUACUCGGGGGGGAGCCCCGCGCUGUGCUUCCGUUUGGAAGGCUACCAUCGGGGACGAGUCUGCCAUUUGAGCCCAAAAGAGCCCCCCACCACCACUUUUAUGCUUCACAGGCUUGUAGACACUGCCCCCCCCCUCCUCGUUCCCUCCGGUUGCAAGCAGAAAUUCGACUUUUUUUUUAUGCAAUAUGGAAAAAGGGUCGUUCCAAGAGGGGUUAGCUGUAUGUGAACAGCUGGGCGCUCUAUAUAUACCCUUAUUCCCAUCUCCUCGGUAUAACUAGCUAGCUAGCUUUCAGUUACUCUAGCUUCUUUUCUUUCUGGGCAGUUAAGAAUGGCCCGUGACUGCUCUAGAAAUCUCCUCAUCUCUUGUUUAGAUUGAUAAACCAAGUUUACUUAGUGGGGUUAAAGAUAUUCCCCUUCUCUCUCCCCCCCCCUUUCUGGGAUUCUCGGAAAGGAAUCUCCUUUUAGCGCCAGCCGCCCGGACAUCUCUUAAGCUUUAAUAAAUCUCAGAAAGUUUAUUUUUUUGGGGAAUGGGAAGUGGACUUCUGCACUUUUAGCAUUGCGAUCUAGGGGCCACCUGUUUUUCAGACGCGGGAGCUGAAACACAAGCCUUACAUCACCACCUGCUUUACUCAUUUAUAAUCUUUUUAUAUCUCGGAAGUGUGAAGAAUGUUGUGGGUGAGAAAGGAAAGGAAAGGAAAGGGGUUGAGGCAUCUUACCAUAGAAACUGCAUGUGGCUCUUAUUUUUUUUCAGUGGCAUGUGGCUGUGUUGCAUACAUACUCGUACGCAUGUUCUCUCUCUCUCUCUCCCCUUCUCUCUCUCUCUCUCUCUCUCUCUCUCUCUUUCUUUCUCUCUCUCUCUCUCUCUCUCUCUCUCUCUCUCUCUCUCUCUCUCUCUCUCUCUCUCUCUCUCUCUCUUUCUCUCUUCCCUGAGUGUACUGAAAUUGCUUCUCUGUCCUCUGGAUUUGGAUCUUGCCUUAGAAAGUCCUGGAGGCAGCAAGGGAAUUUACCGGGAUUAUUGGGGCGCCCAAAUUCCGUUCUGCUGGGUUUUCUUUCUUCGUUCGUUGCUCCUUCCACGAACUUUCGCCUGAUGUUUUUGAGAUUCUGUUCAUGGCUUCUGCAACCAGUGGAUGGCCCUGUUCAUAGGCUGCUGUUGGCGAUUGCGCGUGGAAACACUAAUAUGUUGAGGGUGAGAACGUGCCGUUCUCCUGACUUUGUAGCGUGAAGACAGAGGCGCCACUAAGCGAUCCAAACGUCUCUGUGCCUGAAGAGGCUCAGUGGGACGGGAAGCAGUGCCCCGCAGGAGUUACCAACGGUUGACAUUUGCACCCAAAAAGAACAAUUUGGUGACCCUUCCUCUCUCUCUCUCUCCAGUCUCUUGAGAAGCACGUUUUGACACUUAAGCGUUGACGAUGAAAUUCUCCCUGCGUCCUUUUGUUCCUGUUGGCUGAAUAUCUUCCUGGUCAAACGUGGUUCAAAAGAAGCAGGAGAAUCCACAGAGGUUAGGAUACGGGGUUUUACUGUAGUUUCUUAAGAGGGAGGUAGCCCACCUGUGUUGGAAAAAAAGGGAGGAUUGGUGUUGAUGCGACAGGGAGCUGCAGGAUGAGGCUAAGUUGUUUCUCCUGUACGGGUCUGGAGGAAAUUUGUCAAUAAAAUAUUCCUUUUGGAAAAGCAGA